GGAGCCCUGGUGCUUCUUUUGUGCAUUGUUGGAGCAUCUGGAGAACGACCGAAAAUCAAGGAUACUCAUGGAAACUUGCUGGUGAAGAUCAGCGAUAUCCCCAUCGGAUCAUGCGGAGACGAUUCGUACUUUGGAUUGGGCAUCAUGGAUGGUGGACUUGAGGAGUGUGACCGAUGGAAGUUGGAAACAACUGAUCCAGAGUAUGAGGAGUACAAAUGCAAAGUUUUGCGAGUUCAUGCAUCGGUGAAGAAUGGAAAGUGCACUUGUAAAGAUAUGUGGAAAGGACCAAUUUGCAACGAAUACAAUGGAUGUGGCACGGGAGAGACACUUUUCGGAACUUCAUGCACCCCACACAUGUGCCAUCACAACGGAACUAUCGCUGUUGGAAAGAAGGAAAUCGAGUGUAUCUGUCCACCACCAUGGGACGGAAGAUUCUGUGAACGUUUGGCCUGCUGGCGAAAGACAAUUCCAACUCAACAGCACAGAUACCGUAACAACGGAGAUCACUGCAUCUGUGGUAAUCAUUAUUCUGGAGAGAACUGCGAUGUCGUCAAAUCGUGCUUGAAUGAGGGAAAACUCGAGAAUGGAAAGUGCAAUUGUCGUGAUGGAUGGCACGGAGAGCUAUGUGAUAAGAGAUGUCCAAAGGGACAUGUUACGUGUUCCACGUGCUCCGCUCUCAUCUCGGCUGCUCUUCUCGCCUUUGCUCUUCUCAUCGUCAACAAGUUCAAUCACUAG